AUGGGUCGUCGGCGCCCUCGCCAGUUGGACUCGCUCUCGAGACCUUUUGCUCACAUGGCACCGCAGGAUCAGGAGAUCCUCCUCCGCGUGGUAAGCGGUCCCCACCGUCCGUCCUCGGCGUUGCGCAAAGACGUUCUGUGGGUGCGCCACCACCGAGUAGCGGCCUCGCAACAGCUUCGGCACGCUGAUCAGGUUCAUCCCGACGCGUGGCGCGAAGUACACAUUCUUUAA